AUGAAACAAGCCGCUGACAGCAUCUACACAGGCGGCGGCAUGUCCUUGACAUCUAACAGAACAUACUGGCCGACGACGGGCGGAGCGGUAGCGUUUCAGCCCGGCUGGUUCCAGGGCCACAAGACGGCCUUCCUCUAUAUCAACCUGGGCGUGGGAACCGACGGGCCCGACCACGGGCCUGCGAACAUGUCCUUCCCGAUGAUCUCGCCGUUCCAACUGCUGGGGGCAUCGGCGGGCCCCUACCCCGGCACGGUCUGUCUGCCACAGGUGCCGCUGCCGGCGAACAUGACGUUCAAUGCCGGCGACAACGCCACGAUCCAGGUCGUCGAGAUAGCGCAGCACGGCGCCGCGCUGUUCUCGGUAGGUCACGCCCGAUGUUUCCGUGUGAGGGAGUGUGUCGACAUCACAUUCGCCGAGCCCGGCGACGCCAGGAUCCCGCAGGUCAACGAGACGAACUGCUUCAACAGCACCGACCUCGGGUUCGCCGAGAUCUACACCGUCACGACGCAGGAGAUCGGCUCCGCGGCGAAUAUGACGAGUGCAGCGGCCAUCUCAUGGCAUGCGAGCAACCCCGUCUGGAGGUGGCUGGGAUACCUGCCGGUGCUGAUGGGCGGCCUGUGGUUGGUGAUGUAA